CCGUGAGCUACGGACGUGUUUCGCUCGAGCGCAUCGCGCAUCUCCCCAAACUUCGAACUACGAUCUUCAGCUCUCUCGCUCUCUCGCUCGCACCCGCUGUCCGCGCAUAGCACCCUCUCGCUCGCGCACCGAAGUGAUCGUGAUAUCGUGCCGCGGAUUUUUAUUCCGAUUGAGAAAAGGCGGUGAAAAUAUUACACAUUUCAGUUGUCGGCUUCGAUUGCGUCUCCUGCGAUUUUGUCAUCGCGAUCAUUGUUGGCCGCAUCGACGGCUCGGCAGCUCCUACGCGAUAUAUACUUAAUUGUAUUCCAGCCAAACUCGCUGCUGUAUCCCCUUUGGCUUGCAGGGCAAUGCCCAAUUCCAAAUUGUUAAUUGCGUGACAAAUUCGAAAAAGGGGUUAAUCCACAGAAAUAAUACGAGCAAGAAACGAAACCAAAUCAAGAAGUAACGCGGAGCUGAAACUCACCCACGAGAUAAUGCAGUUCGAUCCGAAGCCACGAUGCGGUGGCAGCGUGCUUAGCUUUACCGUUAUGCUGCUGCUGAUCAUCGGAGCCGAUUUCGCCGCUGGAAGGCCUGAUGUGCGCGAGUCGCCCUUCGCCCUCGACCUGCAGCCUCCGCUGCUGCAGCCGGACGUGACCUUCAGCUCAGGCCAGGGGGGCGGUGACGGGCCGAAGGCCAUCGACAGCUACGGCAACCCCAUCGACGCCCUGCGACCCAUCGACACGCCCGACGGGCGCAAGGUGGUCAGCGCCCAGGGCGUUCAGUUUGAGAUACCCACCUAUGCCUCGGGAAUCACGGAGAUCAGGCGGCCGGCCGAUGAUCUUCUGCCGCCACACAUUGGUGAGUUGACAACCACGCGUGCAGCGGCUGCCAGCGGUGCCAACAGCAGAACGGAAACGGAAAUGAGGACCGCGACGAUACACGAAACUAAAGCUAAAACUAAAACCGAAACCAAUGCCUCGACAGCCACGCACACAACCAGUAGUCGUAGAUAUAGUACAAAUAGCACUAGCACCCGCACCGCACUAGCCGCACCCAUCAGCACCACUAACAAGCUGGCCAAGCGCGAAUCGCUGGGCGGCCAGUUCCCCAUUGCACCACCCAGUAACCGCCACGCCCCACCCCCCUUCUCCCUGAUCAAACUGAAUCCCUUUGCCGCCCUGGACUCACCAAUCACCCAGAUCGGUUCCCAUUCGAAUCCAAGUCCAAGUCCAAUUCCCAGUCUCUGUCCCAGUCCCAAGCACAGUCCUAUGGCCAUGUCCCUAGCCACAGUCCCAGCCACAGCCCCAACCAACGCGAAUUGCUCGAAAUACUCAAUUCCGAAUCCUCUCCAAUCAGAUGCCAUCGCUGUGGGCCUGGAGCCCAGCACCGAUCAGAAACCGAAUCCGAAUCCGAACUCAUUUACUGGCACAGCAUCAGCAUCUGCACCAGCACCACUUCCAGCUACAUCACUAACACCGCCCCUCCAUGAUCCACCAUCACCCGACACGACGACCACCGCGGAUGUGGAGGUGGAGCAGGCGCACCUGGUGCCGCUUCCACAGGAGGAGAAGGACGUGGAAUCACUGCCCGAUUUCAUUCGGGAGUUGCAGCGCGAGGAUGCGAACAUUGGCGGUCCUGUGGAGUGGAUGCCGGCUGCCGAUGGAGCUCCGCUCAGUGUGAUUGCGUGGGAUCUGUUGCCACCGCACCAAGACCUGGAUAAUCAACGCCAGGAGGAUCAGAAGCAGGCUGAGGAACCGACUAUCAUUACUGAGGCACAGCAGCAGCCGGCUAAGAAGGUGCAAGGCAUUGUGGAUCCCAUUAGUCACAACAUUCGCAUCAGUCUUAGCAGUGGCAAUGCUUUAAGCCCAGUGGCGAACACGGCACAGCCACAGUCACCGUCACAGCCGCAGGAGCACCUCCACAACGAUGGGCCGGCUGAUCAUGGCACCAACGCGCAUGUGGGCACAACCACGCCCAGCAAUCCGGGUCGUUUCCCAAACCGCCAGAGAGGCACAGCGCACUACAGCACCACCAGGAGCAGUAGUACCACCCUAAGACCGCGCAGCAGCACCACAACCACUAGGCCCACAACAACCACGCCUAGGAGCACUACGACCACCCCUAGGACCACCACAACCACCAGGAGAACCACAACAACUAGCACCACUACAGCGAAACCGGAAACACGGACGGCCAACCCGGUAGUCAGUACUAUUGGCACGACCGAGGAUCCAUCCACCUUCUAUCGCCUGGACAACGAGGAGGCCUAUGCCUACACACUGCCCACGUGGCUGCAGGAGGUCACCGACCCGGAUCUGGAUGUGGCCGUCACGUUCGAAGUGCCCGCCGAUAAUGAUCAGUACAACCACACGCUGGCCAACGAUUUGGAGCCACCAUUUGAGCCCUUCAUGGACCUGGGCAACAUUCAGCUGACACCGCCACCCACGGACAGGCCAGCCAGCACUAGCACCACAACCACGACAACCACCACCACGGCGGCACCAACAACGACAACUACAACCACAACCACAACAACAACGCCACGUACAACGACAAGCACAACCACAACCACUCGACGUCCGAGCACGCAGCGAACCACAAAAGCACCCAUACCACCCACUCACAGCACCCAAGAGCACCCAGAACCACCGCCAGUGAAACUGACCACAACCACCACCCACCACGCAGAUAACACGCCGGAGGAUUCGAGCAGCAGUGGCAGCAGCAGCAGCAGCGCCACCGCCUUCAUCAGCACCACCCCAAGCCAGUUGGAUGCAGGCAACCCUUUCGACUCGGCCACUAUUCCCGCCUGGCUGCGUGACUUCGACUAUCCGGAUGUCGGCCCGGGCGUGCCCUUUGAUCCGGACAAUUUCGGAACAGCGGCAUCCAGCAGCACCCGUAACCCCACCAAUCCGCCACGUCCCCCCACCGUCCCGUCCGUCUCCUCCGCUUUUCCAUCCAAAGUCACGCUUCCGCUUCCAGGCAGCAGCAUCAGUAGCAGUAGCAGUAGCAGUAGCAGCGAGGAACCACCGCUGGUGCUCGUUCCGCCCGCUGACCGCGCGGAGGCCGCUUCCGGUUCCGACUCCCACUUUGGCUCCGUCUCCGUCUCCAAUCCCGGACAACUGACCCAUCCCACUUCCAACUCUGUAACGCCUUUUGCAGCCCGCUUCGAGCCAUCGGCCAGCAGCUCCAGCUCCCAGAGCGUUGACCCCUUCCCACCCAGCAAGGUGGAGUACACCAAGAGCGACGAGGGCAAGGUCAUCAGCACGCCGGUCACCAACAAUCAGCGAAAAACGGAGACGGCAACACCUCCAGCUAGCAACACUGGGAAGUACACGGGAGGAUUUGGGGCACCGCCGGGGCUGUUGCGUCCACAGUCGUCCAAUCCCGCCGGCUCCAAUUCCGGUACCAUUUCCAAUCCGAGGCCCAACUCCGACAUCUAUGUGGCGGGCAACCAGCACGAGUUCAGCAGCGUUUUGAAGACAAACAAGGCGAGACCCACCGUCAAUCCGGGUCGCUAUAGCGGUGGUUUCGGUGCGCCCACGGGAGUCCUUUCGCCUCAAUCCCAGGCGGAGCCACGUCCCUUCCAGCCAAUAAGCCAGCGAACGGAGCACAGGGAACAGCCAUCCGGAGGCAACAGGCGGACGGACAGCCGUUUUGGUGGACCACCAGGCAUCCUCGUGCCCUUCGACAACGUGCAGCGAACUGGGGGGCAGUAGAAGGCAGUCCCAGGAGUCCGCAAAUACUUUAAAUUAUUUAUAGCCCAUGUACAUGUACCUAUGCUAGAGCUAAGUAAGUAACUCAAUACUUGCGUAAUAAAAGUCUCGGAACUAUAUAGUCGAA